GGCGGGCCGCGCAGGCGCGUUGGGGCCUUCUGCCAUAGCGACGGUCCUGCUGGAUAUAACGCGGUGGCUGGGCCUGCUGGAGAAGGAGGAGGAGCGCGAUGAGGGAACCGAGGUGAAGAGACUGGUCCAGGGUCACACAGCCGACAAGUGGCGGAGCUGGGAUUAGAACCCCGGUCCUCUGACUCCCAAGGUCCCCGCCUUUUGCACUGGGCCACGAGAUACAAGACGAUCAGGAUCUGUGGUCCAGAAUGGCGGUGGCUUUCUGUCCUGGGGGUGCCUGGGGGUCAGCGCUAAACCACGUGAGCCGUGCGCUAAGCCAGCGCUAUUUCAGCACGAGCGGAAGCUGCGGCGCCAUCCAGAAGCUGACCCGCGUGCGCGUGGUGGAUAACAGCCCCAUGGGGAACACCCCUUACCACCGCCCUCCCCGCUGCAUCCACGUCUACAACAAGAACGGCGUGGGCAAAGUGGGCGACAGGAUCCUGCUGGCCAUCCGGGGGCAGAAGAAGAUGGCGCUGAUCGUCGGACACCGCAGGCCCGGAGCCCCCAUGACUCCCAGGUUUGACUCGAACAACGUGGUCCUCAUCGAAGACAACGGCAACCCCGUGGGGACGCGGAUCAAGACCCCCAUCCCCAGCAGCCUGCGCCGGCUGGAAGGGGAGUACUCCAAGGUGCUGGCCAUCGCCCAGACUUUUGUGUGAGGGGGCCGCCGGCGAUUUAGGGGUCGGGCCUGGAAUUCCAGACCUGGGCGGGGUGGGCUCCCCCAUCUGAAUAAAAUUAUUUUCAAAUGGUAA